AGAGAGAGAAUCAUCAGAGCUUGGUUAGCCAUGGCGACCUACCGGCCGGACAGCCACACCCUCUUGAAGGCCGAUUCGAUCGUGGAGUAUGUGCAGGAGACGACGGUGUAUCCGCGGGAGCACGAGUGCUUGCGCGAGAUCAGGAACAUCACGCAGAAGCAUCCCCUGUCGUUCAUGGGGUCGUCGCCGGAGCAGAUUCAGUUCUUCUCCCUCCUGCUCAAGAUGAUCGGCGCCAGGAACGCCGUCGAGGUCGGCGUGUUCACCGGCUACUCGCUGCUCGCCACCGCGCUCGCCCUCCCCGACGACGGCAGGGUGGUGGCGAUCGACGUGAGCCGGGACUACUACGAGCUGGGCCGGCCGGCGAUCGAGAAGGCCGGCGUCGCGCACAAGGUCGACUUCCGCCAGGGCGACGGCCUCGCCGUGCUCGACCAGCUGCUGGCCGAGGCCGGCGACGGCGGAGGCAAGCUAUUCGACUUCGCGUACGCGGACGCGAACAAGGAGCAGUACCACGGGUACCACGAGCGGCUGCUGCGGCUGGUGCGCGUCGGCGGCGUGGUCGCCUACGACAACACGCUGUGGGGCGGCUCCGUCGCGAUGCCGCGCGACACGCCGGGCAGCUCGGCGUACGACCGCGUGGUGCGCGACUACAUGCUCGGGUUCAACGCCAUGGUCGCCGCCGACGACCGCGUCGAGGCCUGCCUGCUCCCCGCCGCCGACGGCGUCACGCUCUGCCGGCGCAUCAAGUGAGAUCGAUCCAUUGAUCAUCCUGCAGCUACUCAGGCCAAGCACUGGAAGGUCUUGGCAAAAUAAGAUAUGGAUGAUGAAGACUAAGCUCGUGGAUGGUGUCAAGAAUUUAAGACCAGGGUCAGGGAUAGGUUGAUGCUUUUGUUUGUUGUUAGUGGAUAGGGGUCGUUUGUUUUGGUGUAGCCUGUGCUAGUUGUGAGAUUUGAUUUUGCUCUGCUCCUUUGCUGGCUUGAGUGGAUAGAAAGGAAGUGUACUGAAAUUCUGGGCCAUGCGUGUAAGCUGGUAUCCCCGGCAUGACUUUUGUUCUGGAUAUUCUUUUGCUUUAGGCCUUGUACGGGUUUUCAAAAUUUUUUUCCAAAAACAUCACAUCGAACUU